UACUCGUCUUUAUCUAUGGAUUUGUCAACGGUAAACAUCAACAAAACAGAAACAUAUUGGAAAAAUCAAUGCCUGUAAGUAAAACAUGGAUUUAACAACGCUUUUCAAGGCCUGUGUUAAGACUGUAAAAGUAACCAACAAGAGCUUGGGGCUACAAGAGGCAAAAAGCAACAUUUUAAAAAUCAACCCUAAAGAUGGGAAUCUUACCAAAGCCAAGGAGAUCGUUAAGCACAUUUCCAGCCUGCAGACGUACCUGUUGGGAAACAAAGCGGCCUACUUGAACGUCCUUAACUAUUUGUCCACCAAUAAGACCAUGACAGAGAUUGAUAGGGAGAAUGUGGAUGAGAAGGCGAGGAGUAUUAUCAGCGCCUGCACAGACCUGAUUAAUGAGUACAAAAGGGAUAUUAGAGCAUUGCAAAUGAGCAAACAGAAGGAAGAGCACUAUCAAUGCAUCGUUGAGUCUUUGGAAGUGUAUUUGAAAAGCGUCUCCAAAAUAUAUGCGGAAGCAAAGGCAGUGAGAGUGAAACGCGUCAUAGAAACCUAUAAAUUGUCCAAACUGGAAAUUCAGCCUUCACGUAAAGAGAGUCUGGACAUUGUAAAUGCGCCUAAGGACGGUUCUGGCGAUUUUUCCAAAAAAGUCUCAGUUCCCAUCCAGUCAACUGACUAUGAAGAGGAACUGAGCCCUGAAGACAUGCAGAUGUUCGAGCAGGAGAAUGAGCAUUUAUACAAUGAACUAAACAGCAUUUCAGAUGAGGUGAAACAAAUGGAGAGCAAAGUGGUUCACAUAGCAGAACUACAAGAAUUGUUCACAGAAAAAGUUCUACAGCAGGAAAAGGACAUUGAAAGAAUUUCUUAUAGUGUAGUGGAUUCAACUGAAAAUGUGAAGGACGCGAACGAGCAAAUUAGGCAAGCUAUCCAAAGGAACGCUGGCUUGAGAGUGUAUGUUUUAUUCUUUUUGCUAGUCAUGUCUUUUAGUCUGCUAUUUUUGGAUUGGUAUAAUGAUUAGAAAUCGCUGGGUUAGAUUUGGGGAUUUCAAACGUUUGGAGAGUGGAAAUGGUGGUGAUAUAGAAAUAUGUAAGUUUAAAUCGGACCAUAGCGUUGUUAUUAAAACGUUCUUUUAUUAUGGUGA